ACACAUGUGGUGAAAGUAUGAGAAGGAAGUAGGAACUGAUUCAAGUGAGGGCAGUGUAUAUGACGUUUGUGAUAAUACCUAUUGCGCUCUCAUUUCCCGUGAAGUGUCGCGAUUAACCGCCGAGAUGCCACCAACAGCGAAAGAAAUAAGAACAACCUUUCUAAAUUUUUUUAUAGAAAAGAAGGGACAUCAGUAUGUACAUUCAUCCUCAACAAUUCCCCUUGAUGACCCAACACUCCUCUUUGCAAAUGCGGGAAUGAAUCAGUUUAAACCAAUAUUUUUGGGGAAUGUGGAUCCCAACAGUGAAAUGUCAAAAUGGAUCAGAGCUACAAAUACCCAAAAGUGCAUUCGAGCUGGAGGUAAACAUAACGAUUUGGAUGAUGUUGGUAAAGAUGUUUACCAUCAUACAUUUUUUGAAAUGUUGGGAAAUUGGUCAUUUGGUGAUUAUUUCAAGAAAGAAAUCUGCACGUGGGCAUGGGAACUGUUAACCACUGUCUACAAUCUACCAGCAGAUCGUUUGUAUGUUACGUAUUUUGGAGGAGAUACAGCAGCUGGAUUGGCACCAGAUGAGGAGUGCCGACAGAUUUGGAUAAAUUUGGGGAUUCCACCCAGCCAUGUACUACCAGGAAGCAUGAAGGACAACUUUUGGGAAAUGGGAGAGACAGGACCUUGUGGCCCAUGUUCAGAACUGCAUUUUGAUAGGAUUGGUGGCCGUGAUGCAUCUCACUUAGUUAAUCAAGAUGAUCCAGAUGUUCUUGAAAUCUGGAAUCUUGUGUUUAUACAGUAUAACAGAGAGUCUGACGGAAGUUUAAAACCCUUGCCAAAGAAGCAUAUAGAUUGUGGAAUGGGACUGGAGCGUUUGGUGUCUGUUAUCCAACAGAAGCGUUCCAACUAUGAUACUGAUCUUUUUGUCCCACUUUUCGAUGCCAUUCAGAAGGGCACAGGAGCACGCCCUUAUUCUGGCAAGGUUGGUACAGAUGACAUAGACGGUAUUGAUAUGGCUUACCGAGUACUGGCUGAUCAUGCACGCACCCUGACAAUAGCAUUAGCUGAUGGGGGUCACCCAGACAAUACAGGCAGAGGGUAUGUGCUGCGACGGAUAUUGCGACGUGCUGUUCGUUAUGCUACAGAAAAAUUAAAUGCAAAGCCUAGGUUCUUUGCUUCUUUGGUUCACACAGUGGUUGAUUUAUUAGGAGAAACGUUUCCUGAGGUAAAAAGUGAUCCACAGAGCAUAAUAGACAUUAUUAAUGAAGAAGAAGAACAGUUCCUUAAAACAUUGUCUCGUGGUCGGAACUUACUGAAUCGUACCAUGGAUAAACUUGACAAUUCCAAGGUUGUCCCAGGAGAUGUUGCUUGGCGAUUGUAUGAUACAUACGGAUUCCCUGUAGAUCUGACACAGUUAAUGUGUGAAGAGAAAGGAUUAGUUGUAGAUAUGACAGGUUAUGAAGAAGCCAGAAAAGAGGCACAGAUUCUUUCCCAAGGCAAAGGUGUUGGUGCAGAUACCCAAAUUGCAUUAGAUGUCCAUGCACUUACACGUCUUCAGAAUGAAGGCAUCCCAGUGACAGAUGAUCUCCCAAAAUAUAAUUACCAUGCUACAUCAACAGGAAAGGACGCUGAUUACGAAUUUGGACCGUGUAUUGGGGAAGUGGUUGCAAUAUAUUACAUGAAAGAGUUUGUGAAUGAAGUCACCUCUGGUCAAGAAUGUGGGAUAAUUCUUGAUAAGACGUCGUUUUAUGCUCAGCAGGGAGGCCAAAUAUAUGAUGAAGGUUACAUGGUGAAAGUUACAGAUGAGAAUGUAGAGUUUUCUGUGAGAAAUGUGCAGGUCUUUGGAGGAUAUGUGUUGCAUAUUGGAACUGCUGAAGGAAAAAUUCAAAAAGGAGACAGAAUGUCACUUCAUUUGGAUACUGUUCGAAGGAGGUUGGUAAUGAACAAUCAUACAGGUACACAUGUACUCAAUUUUGCACUGAGAGCUAUUCUUAAGACUGAAGUAGACCAGAAAGGAUCACUGGUGGCUCCCGAUAGACUUCGUUUUGACUUCACAAAUAAGGGACCAAUGUCAGUGCAACAGGUAAAAGAAACUGAAAGUGUGUCAGUGAAUAUGAUACAGCGCAAUGAACCAGUUUAUGCGAAGGAAUCGCAUCUAGCAACAGCAAAAACAAUCAAGGGUUUACGAGCAGUUUUCGAUGAAGUUUAUCCUGAUCCUGUUAGAAUAGUUUCAAUAGGUGUGCCUAUUGAGAAACUAGAAUCUGAUCCUUUUGGACCUGCUGGAGACAAUACUUCAGUUGAAUUCUGUGGUGGAACGCACUUACAUCAGUCUGGGCACAUUGGAGACUUCAUCAUUGCAAGUGAGGAGGCAAUUGCUAAAGGCAUAAGAAGAAUUGUAGCUCUGACUGGUCCAGAAGCUGCAAAGGCUCUGAAGAAAGCUGAUGUUCUUCAGAAACAACUUAACCAACUGCAGUCAGUUCUAAAUUUACAUGAUGAUUCCAAUAUCAAAGAUCUGCAGAAGAUGAUUGCUGAUUUGUCAAAUAGUGUGUCACAAGCAGUAAUUCCAUAUUGGAGAAAGGAGGAAAUGAGGAUGUCUUUGAAAACCAUGAAAAAGCAAGUGGAUGACAAAGAACGUGCAGGCAAAGCUGCUGUUUCAUCCAGUGUCGUGGAAGCAGUAAAAUCAAUGCUGCUGGCACAGCCUGACAGGCAAUUCAUUGUGUGCGAACUAAAAGCUCUCUCUAACACAAAGGCUUUAGAUUCAGCCCUGAAGCAAGUUAAGUUGUCAUCUCCCGAAACAGCAGCAAUGUUUUUUAGUGUGGAUUCUGAUGCAAAGAAAAUAGUAUGUCUGAGUGCUGUGCCUAAGAACUUAAUCAACCGAGGACUAAAAGCAAAUGAAUGGAUCCAGCAAGUAUCUGGUAUGAUGCAAGGAAAAGGAGGUGGAAAACCAGAAUCUGCACAAGCCUCUGGUAGUAAUACCAGCUGCCUUGAAAAUGCUAUUCAAACGGCUAUUAAAUAUGCUGAGCUGAAACUGGGAAAUGAUGUGAAUUGUGUUCAUCAGAGCCCAGUUAAAGUUAAUGGGCCUGUUCUCUAUAUCCAUCAUGGAAGUCAUAAAUCAUUACAGUGUCAGAUAGCUGCAAAAUAUGGAGAACAUGUCAUUUCUUUGGCUCAGAGGGAUACUGACAUGGGGAAAAGCAAGACGAAUGCUGAAUACAUAUCAAAAUUUCCUUUUGAUGGUGUUCCUGCUUUUGAAGAUGAUAAGAAAAAUAUCUAUCUCUCUGAUGCUAAUGCUAUUGCCAUUUAUUUGGCAAACAGCCAACUGAAAGGUGACAAUUCUUUGCUUUCUCAGGCAGAAGUACUGCAGUGGAUGAGUUUUGCAGACAAUCAUAUUUCCCCAGCAGCUCUUUCAUGGGUAUAUUCUUGUCUUGGAGCUUCCUCUAUAGUUUGUAAUGUUGCACAGGCAAAAAAAGAAACUGAGAAAAUACUUGAAUAUUUAAACAAAAUAUUUCUUAAGAAAACAUUUUUAGUUGGAGAAAGGCUUACUCUUGCAGAUAUAUCCGUAUUCUGCGCCAUUCUAAGUCUGUAUCGUCAUGUUCUAGAACCAGCAAAUCAAAAGAAGUUCGUCAAUGUGACAAGAUGGUUUAAAACUAUUCUUCAUCAGCCAGUUGUGACUGAUGUUAUUGGACCAUUUGAAUUCUGUGAAAAAAUUGCAAAUGUUAAGAAAGGAAAGUAAAUUGAUGACUGUGUCUGACACAUGUCCAAAUAAUUAUUUUCAUACUUUCAGUGAAGGUCAUCAUGUACAGAUAUUUUGUAAAUGCCAAGAGUGGAAUUCCAGAAUAAACUGAUGGAAACUUUAUAAA